AUCUAUCCUUCACCGAUGGCCGACUUCGGAUACGAUAUUUCCAAUUUUACUGAUAUUCAUCCGAGUUUCGGAACAUUGGACGAUUUUAAGCGGAUGGUAGAGGAAGCCAAAAAACUGCAGCUUCGUGUUAUUCUUGACUUUGUGCCAAACCACUCCAGUGACGAGCAUGAGUGGUUCAAGAAAAGCGUCAAACGUGAGGCUGGUUUUGAGGAUUACUACGUUUGGCAUGAUCCCAAACCUGGCAAGGAUCGCGAACCUCCAAACAAUUGGGUUGCUGCUUGGUAUGGAUCUGCCUGGGAGUGGAAUGAGGAAAGACAACAAUAUUAUUUGCAUCAAUUCCACAAGAAACAACCUGAUCUUAACUACCGCAAUCCGGUAGUCGUACAGACUAUGAAAGAUGUGCUUCGUUUUUGGUUGGAUCAAGGCGUGGAUGGUUUUCGGAUCGAUGCUGUUCCUUGGUUGUUCGAAACAAUCGGCUUUCCUGAUGAGCCUCUGAGUGGAGAAAGCAGCGAUCCACUUAGCCAGAACUACCUUAGACACAUUUACACCUUGGACCAACCUGAAACGGUAGAUAUGGUGUAUCAGUGGCGCGAAGUGAUGGACCAGUACAAAACGGAUCAUAAUAGCACAACAAAAGUGCUUAUGACUGAGGCUUGGUCAGCUUUGGAUGUUGUAAAAACGUAUUUCAAUGAUAGUAACAAUCGCCAAGGCUCUCAGAUGCCCUUCAAUUUCCAGUUGAUCUUGCGUCUCGAUAUGAAUUCGAAAGCUAUAGACUUCAAAACGGUCAUAGACUCAUGGCUUGAGAUUGUUCCUCCAGGACAUACAGCAAACUGGGUGCUUGGAAACCACGACAAGCGCCGCGUUUCGUCUCGAAUGGGUGGAGAUCACAUGGUAGACAUAAUGGCUAUGAUACAAUUCAUCUUACCAGGAAUAACGGUAACGUAUCAGGGCGAAGAAAUUGGUAUGCACGAUGUCGAUAUCUCUUGGGCUGAGACCCAAGAUCCUGCUGCAUGCCAACUAACAGAAGAAACAUACCAAGAAGGAACCCGCGAUCCGUCUAGAACUCCGUUCCAAUGGGAUACAACAGCUAACGCCGGUUUUACAAAUGCAUCUGUCAUACCAUGGCUACCACUUGCGGCCGACUAUCCCUCGAUAAAUGUUCAAGUUCAAGAAGAUACGACACAAAACAGUCAUCUGAAGGUAUAUAAGGAGCUUAUGAAUCUACGAGGUACGAACACACUUAUUUGGGGAUCGUACAAAUCACAAGUUCUGGGCAGCAACGUUUUGGCAAUUUUACGUUCAUUCCCAAAUGAUGAUCGUACUUAUGUCGCACUAACUAACAUUGGCUCUACGCUAGAAACUAUCGAUGCUACCACUUUGGAUAGUUCGCUUCCUGCUGAGUUAGUAUUCCGUGUGGUUGGAAUAUCCUCAAAUCAUGCUGCAGGAGAGACUAUUACAACCUCCAACAUACAACUACAACCUUAUGAAGCGAUAGUGUUGAGUAAUAGAGCAGGCAAUAUAGUUUCCAAUGCUGUUAUAAUCAUAAUGCCAAUAUUUUUGUUUGCAGUGAUUGUGAGGUAUUGAUGAAAUGUUUUCUUACUUUAAAUAAAGAUAUGU